AUGUUUCAGGAAGAGCAAACCAGAACCCUCGACAUCCAAGGGCUCUCGACGCACCACACGUACGCCUACAAGUACACGCCUGCUACCAAAGGCCUGCCGACGUUUCUCCUUCUUCAUGGAUUUCCCAGCACAUCCAUCAUCUGGAACGAAGUUGCCGACCGCCUCAGGAGUGUCGGCUAUGGUGUCCUUAGACCGGAUCUUCUUGGCUACGGCGACACUUCCAAACCUACGAACGUGCACGAAUAUUCACUUCGAACGAUGGGUGCUGAGAUUGUUCAGGUACUCGAAUCUCAUGAAUUGAUAUCAGUGAUUGGGGUUGGUCAUGACUGGGGAGCGGUCCUAUUAUCAAGAAUGUGGUGGUACUACCCUCAAAACUUUACGGGGCUUGCCUUCAUGAGCGUCGCUCCUGGAACCCCCCAAAAGAUGGAUCUUGAUACCAUGAGCUCGAUGGCGAAGGAGAGAUUUGGGUAUGAUAUGGGUGGGUACUGGUACUUUCUUACAUCUCAGGAAGCACCCUGCUUGCUCAAUAGAUAUGUCGAGUCGGCUACAUCGCUCUUCUAUGCAUCCGAUCCAGAGAUCUGGAAAACCUAUCUUCUGCCGAAAGGCAGACUCCGAGAAUGGCUUACAUGCAACUCGCAACAUGAAGCAGGAUAUAUAUCGCAAUCGGAUUCCAACAUCGAAAUCCACCGACUACUCAACGAGUCCUUCAGACGGGGCGGUUUCGAGGCACCGCUAAAUUGGUACAAAUCUGCUCUUUAUCAGAUUGAUGCCGACCACGAAGCCGCCAUUCCCGAGGACACCUUUGCCAUCACCCGACCCGUUACCGUCAUCGCGGGCCAGCGUGAUGCUGUGGGCUGUCCCGAAAUAGCAUUUGACGCAGUCGAUAAGGGAAGACAGCACGGGCAUCUUCCAGACGCGACAGUUGAGAUCAUUCGUAAUGCCGGACACUGGAUGAUGCUGGAAAAGCCGAAUGAGACUACCAAAAUUCUGUUGGAACUUGCUGACAGGGCUGAACCUGGGGUUAGUGCCCGGUGUCUGUGA